AUGGGUAUUGCUUUGAAAAAGCCCGCGGGCGUACCAGGGAAAUCCUGGCCGGCUAUUGUUAUCGGAUUGUUUGUUGCUUUUGGGGGUGUCCUCUUUGGAUAUGAUACGGGAACAAUCAGUGGCAUUAUUGCCAUGAAUUACUGGUUGAAGGAGUUUUCCACUGGAAACAAAAAUGCACUUGGCGAUCCCAUUAUCACAGCAUCGCAACAAUCAGAGAUUGUCUCAAUUCUGUCCGCUGGAACCUUCUUCGGUGCACUAGCUGCAGCCUUGAUUGCCGAUCGGAUAGGCCGUCGCUGGUCAUUGAUCGUAUCUUCUGGCGUUUUCACAUUCGGAGUCAUCUUACAAACUGCCGCAACCGCAAUACCAAUGUUUGUUGCUGGCCGAUUUUUCGCUGGGUUUGGAGUAGGGUUGAUCUCAGCAUUGAUUCCUCUUUACCAAUCCGAAACGGCACCAAAAUGGAUCCGAGGAUUGAUCGUGGGAAGUUAUCAAUUCGCCAUUACUAUCGGUCUUUUGCUCGCCAAUGUCGUAAACAACUCUACCCACAAUCGAAAUGAUUCAGGCUCCUAUCGUAUCCCAAUCGCCGUUCAAUUCGCAUGGGCUCUUGUACUUAUCGCCGGAAUGCUCGUACUUCCAGAAACACCUCGAUACCUGAUCAAGCGUGGGAAGCCAGAGGCUGCGGCUCGGUCUCUCGCACGGCUCCGUCGCUUGCCAGUUGACGACGUGGCCAUCGUGGACGAAUUGAGUGAGAUCCAGGCCAACCAUGACUACGAACUCACACUUGGCAAAGCCACAUACAUUGACUGCUUCAGAGGUAAUGUCAUGAAGAGACUCUUAACAGGAUGUUUGCUGCAAGGACUUCAACAACUUACUGGAAUCAACUUCAUCUUCUACUAUGGAACACAGUAUUUCAAGAAUUCGGGUAUCAAAAACAGUUUCGUCAUUAGUAUGAUCACCAGUGCCGUGAAUGUUGGGUCGACUCUCCCCGGUCUUUACGCCAUUGACAAAUUUGGACGACGACCUCUGCUCUUCUGGGGAGCGGUUGGAAUGUGUGUAAGUCAACUGCUGGUCGCAAUUCUCGGAACAACGACAACUGGCCAAUAUCCCACUACCGGUUUGACUUACAGCAAAAACGACAGCGCUCAGAAAGCGAGUAUUGCAUUCGUCUGCAUCUACAUCUUCUUUUUCGCCUCAACCUGGGGCCCAAUCGCUUGGGUCGUGACCGGCGAAAUCUUCCCCCUCAAAGUCCGCGCCAAGUGCCUCUCGAUGACGACCGCCACAAACUGGCUCCUGAACUGGGCCAUCGCCUACAGCACUCCCUACCUCGUCAACUGGGGACCCGGAAACGCCAAUCUGCAGUCCAAGAUCUUCUUCAUCUGGUUCGGCUGCUGCUUCCUGUGUAUCGCGUUCGUGUACUUUAUGAUCUAUGAGACCAAGGGUCUUACGCUGGAGCAGAUUGAUGAGUUGUAUGAUGAGGUUAAGGUUGCGAGUCAGAGCACGUCGUGGAAGCCGACGACUACCUUUCGGCAGAUCAGGGCUAGUGUUGCUGCGCAGGGUGGCAUGGGCGAGUAUGAUGAGAAGACGCAUACCGGUGUGGAGCACAGGCAGGACGCUGAGCUGUAG